UCCGAGGAUCAGCCGAAGAGUCCUACAGCUGCCAAAGUUGAUCUGGUCUCGCUGGGGUCGUCGCAGCAGGAGGUGGAGAGGCCGGUCGGGGAAUCGACUGCUAUUGCUCAGGGGAUUCUGGGCUGCCAUUUUGCUCUCGUUGAUCUGGCCAAACAAGUUGCUGAGCAGGCCGAGUUCCUUCAGCAGACUGGGGAGGAUCUCCGAUUGUCAGCUGACCAGCCGCCGCAGCUUGAGAAGAUGGCUGUUCUUGAGAAGUCUUCUCGGGAGCAGUCGGAAAAGGUCAAGCUUCUGGAGGCCCGGGUAGAAACCUUGGAGCAAGACAAUUCUGCUCUGAAGGAUAAAGCCUCCAAGCUGCAGGAGAAGAUCAAGGCUGCUGCCAAGGAGAAGAAAGAUGCUGUGGAGAAGCUGACCAAGUUGAAGGCUGACGCGGAUAAGCAGAUGGUCAGCGAUAUGAAGCAGAUCAGGGAACUGGCAGCUGAUCGUGAUCAAAAAGUCCAACAGCUGGCUAAUCUUGAGGCGGCGGCUCAAGUAGUCAUCGACAUGGGUGAGGAUGAGGAAGCUGGUGGCAAGAGUCUGUCGGAUCGUCUUCGUGAAGCCCCCAGCGACUCAGUAGCUUCUUCUCUGACACCUCUAGGGAUUACUUGGCCCAUGCCUUACGAUUAGUUAAAUCUUUUCUCCCUUCCGUGAACUUGUCCUUUAUUGGCGAUGGGGUUGUCGUUGGCUGUUCAGAGGAGCGAUUCUCUGAAUAUGUUGCGGAGAUGAAACCCAUCGCUGAUAAGGUUAUCAGCGGCUUGGAGCCAGCGCCUGAGGCUUAAAUAUUUGCUGUAAUAUUCUUUUGGCUGGAUGUU